AUGGGGUGUAUGGACGAUCUCCCACUCGAUAUUUCAUUGAAUAUAUUUUCUCGUUUACAUGUUGAUUCAGUCUUAGAGUGCAAACUAGUUUGCAAACCAUGGCGUGAUCUCAUUAGGAAUCCAUCCUUUGCUCAAGAUCACCUUGCUGUCCGUAAACUAUUGCUGCGAAAACUCGACGAGAAUUAUACCAAGGAUUGUGCAUGUGAGACUGGUCAGCCGGUGUUCCUUUUGUUAGCACAAAUUAGCGAUAAAUAUCAUGAUCAGACUUCCGAAUUUAAAAUUAAAACAGUCAAGAUUCCUCUACUUACUCAGAGUGUUGACUUGGAAGAUGCCUCGAUACAUUCAAUCAAUGGUUUGAUUUGUUCUAUUGUGUAUCACCAUAAGGUAAAUGAUCCUGUUCACAUAUGUAACCCUGUCACCAGAGAAUUUAUUUAUCUUUUGAGGUAUGAAGCGGAAGCAUAUAAGGUGUUGAGUGGGUUUGGUUACAGUCCUUCAACUGAUGAGUAUAGAGUUCUAAGAAUCUACCGCAAAGGUGAUGACGCAUGGCGCCUUCAGGUGUAUAUUCUUGGUAAGAGUUGUAAGUGGACUGAGGAAAAAGAAAUCCCUUACCAGAUGUUUCGCAAUGUUGGUUAUUAUUCAAAGGGUAUUCAUGCAAAUGGUGAGAUACAUUGGCUGGAUCAGGCAUCAAAGAUUAUUGCCUUCAGCUUAGCGGAUGAGAAGUUCCACUAUAUAGCUUCACCACUUCAUGCGUAG